AUGGAGCAGUCUGCAGAGACCUCUGAUCCCUCAUCACUGACCUUCUGUUAUUUCAGCCACCAGAGGAACCUCAAUGGAAACAAGUUGAGCACGUUCCCCCCACGGUAAACAUUAUCCUUGACGCAUUAGUGGCCCGGGAGCGGAGCAGGGUGGGCAGGUGGGGGCACGAGCAGCGAUGAGGAGGCAUAUAUUUUAAAAAAGGACAAACUCAGACCACCAGUGGGUCAUAAUCCAUCAUGUAAACAGAGGUAUCUCCUGAAACGCUUUAAUCUACGCCUCCGUGAAAAGCCUGUCUACUGUGGCACUGUGCGCGCUGAAAUCUGUAAUUUCAGAGAUUUGUGCCAUCCUGAAAAGGUGGGAAAACUACGAAGAAAAGGAGGAAAAGAAGGUUUCCCUCCAGUCUCAGGCCUGCAGCAGAGCUAUAUGUGCUGCAACAAACACUGAGGAAAGCUCUUUGUGUACAUUUUUGGCCCCUUCGGUGUUUUAAUGUCAGUGGAGGGGUUUUCAACAAUAUUUCCUAAUUGCACGAACGUGCACGAGCGCCGUUUGAUGUUCACACGCACGCUAAUCCCUUCAGGUUGCGCAGAGAUGAAGGUCAGUCAUGCGCCGUGGCCUUUCUAAAAUAUUACUCGAGAAAACCCAAAGCAUGUGUCAAAACGGGGAGAGGGAGAGAGAGUGAAGGCGCAAAGUUAUGGCGUGUGUUUGUUUCUCGUGUCGGGAAGCAACAAAUCUUUCCUACUCCUUUUUGCAAGAGGAGUCUGCGUGCAGCGCGUGCACGUACGCAGAGUCAAAAAAUAAGAAAUAUUCCUCCACAAAGGAAGUAACCUUUAGCCUGAAAUGUAACUGCUCAAAGUUCAGGACAUAAAUUUAUUUUUUUGUAUCACUUCAGAGUUCUGGAUGUUUUUACGCACCAAGUGCGUAAUUGGAAAACAAAGGCAACAUCUGUCCUCUCCAGUGCAAGGCUAAAUGCAAAUUAACUUGCUGUCAGGUUUAAAUGAAGUAGGAGAAAUCUGUGACUUUAUACCACACUCGAUACUGGAAUUAUCGUAACAAUUAAAAAAAAUAAAACACUGAUAUUCAAAAUAAAAUUGGCACAAGGGAUAAAUCUGCAGAAAGUGGCUGUUUGUUUUUUAGAAUUCAAGGCCGGACACAUGCUUUCUAAAAGUCGUAACACGUUCGUCUUUGGUCACCGUAGUUUCAGCAUAAAUUCAUCCCAGUGAAAAAAAAUAUUUUUAUCCUAUUUUAUAAAGUGUAGCCUAUGAAACUUGAUGCGUAAAGGAGGAUUAAACACGGGCGAAAGAUGAAGGAAUAAGGUGAUAAUCUUCAAGCGCACAAAGAUACAAUUUACAAAAACAUUACCCUGCAAAUUACAUUACUCAAAACCAAUCAUUCAUUUCCUCCCAUUUCCUUAAUGAUGCCAUUUAAAAGGUCAAGAUGAAGGCUGGUGAAGUGGAGCGUAAAGCCACCUAAACUCAUGGUUUCCACCUUUUUGUUUUCAUAACAGAAAUUGGAGGUUGUUUUAUUUUGAAAGGAUAAAUCUUUGCCAUAAAACAACCAGAAUUUAAUUAUACAGUUUUUUCUGAUUCACUUGUCGGGGAUAAGGUGUGCGUUUGGUGAUAAUAGCUGUAUAUUUAUCCGUUUUUGUAGUAUUUGAAUGUCAUUAGCUGGAGCAUUUACGCAUCAUUUUCAUGACAGCACAAUAACCCCAGAUCUGAUCCAAAGUCUAGAUACAGCAUUAUACUCACCCUAUCUGUCUCAAUAACAAAAGCAUUCAUGGUGGUAUAUCCCAUUGUUUUCUGAUGGGAGACAGCAGGACGACGACGAGGAGGAGGGGGGGAUCUCUGUGGACUUGUCAUGUCAAACUUUUGGACCAAUCACAGCACGUGUCUGCACAUUCUCAAACUUCCACUCCCGAGCUGAGCCAAUCAGUGGAAGAGAAGCGCUGGAAGUCCAGCCUCCCGAUUUCAACAGAUUGAAAUGUAAGCCUGUCUCCAGUGCCGUCAGGAAACAGAUCGAGAAUUUUGUCCCUCUUGUUCCUUAUCGCACAGGACGAUUCCUUUGGACGCGGAUUUGGAAGGCGGACACGCUGGACGCGGAGCAGGACCCACGCAGAAGGCACAACGCGGAUACCUUAUUCUUCGUUUGCGGCUUUAACGCGAUGGGUGAGUCCAAAGUUGGAUCGUUUUUUUCUUCUUGUCAGGGAUGCAGCAAGCAGCGAGCGGUCCAACAGCCAAGGUGGGGAAAGUUUAGCGAGAUAUUGUCUGAGUGAGAUGUUUUGACGGCUCAGAUUUAUUGCUGAUCCGGAGGGAAAGGGACCGGCAGACUGAACUGUUCCAUGUGUCUGUUACGCACCAGUUUUGUUGUUGACCACUGAACAUCCGCGUGAAGUUUAACCUCUGUGCACGACAGCUAUCAGUCAGCUAUGUGUUAGUACUUUAGAGACAAACAUUAUAUUUAAGUCAGUGUGAUAAUUUGCUGUUUUAGUCUUCACUCUUUCAUUGCGGAACACUUGAAGCUGAAAAAACACCGUGCGUAAAGAUGGUUUAUUUAAGAUCAACUUUGAAGAUAAAUUAAAGAGUUUCGACAACAAAGUGAUCAAAUCAAGACUUUAAAUUAAGAUACUAAAUGUGGUUUAUCAAUUAUUACUUUGAUUGAUUGUGUGUUUGUGUAUGGGGAUUUCUGGGCCUUAUUUGUGUGCUGGUUUAACCCGGGUCUAAGCAGCCUGUGGUGGGCCUUGCUUUAGUAACCUAAUCGCUGUCUCAUUGUUCUGCCCUUGUGUGUGUGUGUGCGUGUGUGUGUUUUUCUUUCUGUCACCAGAGCCAGCCUUCGGUGAGGUGAACCAACUCGGCGGGGUUUUCGUGAACGGCAGGCCGCUCCCCAACGCCAUCCGGCUCCGGAUCGUGGAGCUGGCCCAGCUCGGGAUUCGACCCUGUGACAUCAGCAGGCAGCUGCGCGUCUCCCACGGCUGCGUGAGCAAGAUCCUGGCCCGCUACAACGAGACCGGCUCCAUCCUCCCGGGGGCCAUCGGGGGCAGCAAGCCGAGGGUCACCACACCCACCGUGGUCAAACACAUACGGACAUACAAGCAGAGAGACCCGGGGAUUUUUGCCUGGGAGAUCCGGGAUAGGCUACUCGCAGACGGGGUGUGCGACAAGUUCAACCUGCCCUCCGUUAGCUCCAUCAGCCGGAUCCUGCGCAACAAGAUCGGGAAUCUGACCCAGCAGAGCCAGUACGAGUCCGGCAAGCAGGCGCCGCAUCCACCACCACAACCAACAAUACCCUACAACCACUUAUACUCUUACCCGACCUCCAAAGUGCCCACUCCCCCCGGCAUGCCCACCCUCCCUGGACACAUGGCCAUGCACAGGAUAUGGCCCUCGUCGCACUCCGUAACAGAUAUUCUGGGGAUACGGUCUAUUACAGAGCAACAAAGUAAGCAUGGCCGCACGGAGGGCGGUUGCAUUUGUUUAUUGCACUACAUUUAAAGAACUUCUUGAAGGGGUUUUGCGCGCAAGAGUGAGAAUGAGCGUGUGUUUGGAGAGAGUGUGGGUUUGCAUUUCACUUUGAGUCUCUUACAGGCCUCUUUAAGUCACUGUUUAGCAUGUUCAACUCACAGGCCUCUGCGGAGGGAGAGAGCUUGACCUGCCUGCUGAUAUUGAUUUGAGAGGGAGGCAGCUAGGUCAGAAACAGAUGGUCCGGCUUGCAGUAAUAAUUAAGCGGCGGAUGUGGAAUAUUAGAGGGACAGCGGAGGGGAAAGGCGGUGAGAUGAAGUGCAUCAGAAUGAGGUGUGCUGAAUGUUUGCCAUGAGCUGCAGCCAGACAUUUUGUGCAGCAGGGAGAGGUCUCGUAUUAGGACGAGUUUUUUUCCCCUGUCUUUGCUGCAUGUGUGAUGUUUGUCGUUCACAUGCAGGUAUAGAGGCCCUCAUAGCUUUUGGCUCGCACUCAACGAGACCACAACUGUUUUGGAAACAGUGAAACAGGAUCCGGCAUAAAUCAGUGUUAAUGGUCGGCUCGGUGUUGUGAAAGGGAUUUUCUGAGAGCUUGUUUUCCAGAAGCAGGAGGGGGAAGCGCUGUCAGUCCUGCUGCAGAGCGGGCCUAGCUGUCAGGAUUCAUGGCUGCUCUCCACUUCCACGGCCACGAGAAUAAUCCAAAGCAAAGACAGUUUUAAAGUAGAUGUGAGGGAGAUAUACACAAGACAUCCGGCUGCCUUUGUAAACAAUUUAGGGCCCUCUAAAUUUAAGCAGAUGUUUGUUGCAGAUUUGUACGUGUUACUUAAAAAGUCCUGCAAUUACAAAAAUAUUCAGAAUUUCUUGCACAAUGGCGGGUAAAGUCAAGACAGUGUGUGCAAGGAUAAUAUCCCAAACUGUACUGCAGUUUUACGCGUAUACGGACACAUUGGUAAAAAUGAACAUGGAAGCACAAAAACGCACAAAUCGCGUAUUUCCUCGCGGAUGUGUCGACAUAUAUAACGUGCCAUUCUUGGUGUAAACGUUGGGGAUCGCGUGUUAGCUAUAUCAUGUCCAUUACUCUCGUAAGUAGGGGGACGUUGUGCGUAAAUCUAAUUUGCCUCUCGCAGGAGGACGAUACGGUGGGUCUGAAACGCCCCUGACCCACCAGAGAGCCGUGCCAAAUCCAAAUGGGACUCAAUCUGAGCUUCAUCAUUUCAGUUUAAACGCAUUUACACUAAGACACGUGGGGACACAAUGAGGGUUUCCCGUAUUUUUUAAAUAUUAUACGUUUUUUGCUCGUCUUUAAGGAGAAUUAUUUUCGAUUAAACAUAAUAACUCCAACAAGAAAACCUCUUAUUGGAGAAGUUUCAUGUUAUUUAAAUACGUUACCAAAUAUAGAAGUGAUACUUUAGUUUUGAACUUUACGCACAGGAAGGCGCGCGUAAAACCUGCCUCAGAAGCGUGCUGCAGUGAAUGUCACCGGGUUAAUGGUCUCGUGCAGCCUGGUUAACCUGGGCCUGAUGAGUGCACGAGCAGUAAGCGGCCUGUGCUGUUCGUUUUUUUUCUCUUUAUCUCAAGAUCUCCUCUCUGACUUUCCUCUCCUCUCUUUCUCUUUUACUUCCCCCAGUUAGUGACAGUCCAUCCUUUCCCAGCACCAAACUAGAAGAAUGGAGCGCUAUAAACAGGACUAAUUUCCCUCCAGCAAGCUCUGCACUAGUCAAUGGCGUGGAUAAACCGCAUUUAGAACCUGAAGCAAAAUACACACAGGUAAAAAUUAAUACUGGACACCUUUUUAUUUAUUGUAGCUUCAACAAAAGUGAAAGGAGUUGAUCAAAAGUUCUGAAAAUCUGGCUGAACUCAAGUCUUGAAUAUUUUAUAUUUGAGUAAUUAUGUGGUUUGGAAAUUUCCUCCUUUCACAGCAUUAACGCGACCCUUCUGCUGGUUAUAUGUGGCACGAUAAUACACUAAUAUAUCAUCAUUUUGGCUGCUCAGGGCGCACUGUCUCUGCUCUAUGGUCAGUGCUUUAAUGAAUCAUCUGAGUGUGAAUUAUUUCAUAGCCAUAAGGUUAAGGGGAUUUGGAUCGUCGACUUCCUCUUGCUUCCCAGCUUGGUUUGGUGGCUUCUCUGAAAUGAUUGUUGGGUAUUUUAACACUCAGAAAGUGAAUGGAGCCAUAAAAAAAGUCAGAAAACUAAAGCACGGUCUGUUUUGAGUUUCCUGUAGCAGCAUAGGCCUGCAGUGUUUGAAAAGUUGAGUUUCAGUACUUCUGCCAAUCUAUAAGCAGACUUAGAACCAUGACAUUAAAUAUAUACUGGGAGAGCUGCAAACUAGAUUUUUUUUCUAUUAGGGUGUAUUACGAUGUAUAACUAAUAUUAUCUGAAUUAUCUGCAGGCCUAAAAAUUUUGGGCUUUUACUGUAAAUUACUCGAGCAACAAUUGGACGCGAUACAGAUGGAUAAAUCAGUGUUCAUACACCCAGACGCCCAUUUUCUCACUCAGUGGUUACUUAAAAUUAUUAAUAUGUAGUGUGCAUUAGUUCUCUUAAUUUCAAACAAUUCUAUUAAUUUAUUCUGAUUUUACGUGUUUUAUCAGCUGUAGGUUAUUUUUUAUUCAAACGUAAUGAUUCUGUUUUUGUAAAAGUUUUUCAAAGGCUUUUAUUUUUUAGGAGACCACAAAGAUAUCAUGUUUGUACGCGCGCUUGUUUUCUCUAAUUUUGACAGGGCGUCUAAUUCUCGGUACAAGCAAAAACGUAAUUUCAAGGGUUAGGGUUAUUUGCUUUUUCUGUUCAUCGGGGGGUAGUUUUCAUGCUUCUUACUCUGGUUGUGAGAUUAGCAGAAAUUUCAGCACCAAUUGGACAGAGUGAAGAGCCUGAGCCAAACAGCUCGAAAAAGACACAAGUGAGCCAUUAAAUGUAGAAAAUAACAACUCAAUAAAUUACAGAGUUUACAGCAGGAAAAACAAAGCAUGGAGCAGAGGCUACAUAGCAGCCUGCUGAGAUUUUAUACCAGACCUGAUCUUUUAUUUGUUACACACUCUGACUGAAAAGCAAAAAUGUCAUGUAGGAGUUGUGCUCUACUUUGAAAGUCGCUGUCUUUUGUCUGUUUUUAAGCUAAUUCUUACAUGUCUUUAGCGCUGACUGUCAUUUGAGCUCAUUCAAACGGGCCUACCGAAUUUUAAGUUUUUAAGGCGGUUUAUUUUUUUUGGAAAACUCUGGCUGUUUCUAUCAGAAGGCCAAACGCUGCAGUUCUGUGGCCUGUUGACGCUCUUCAGAGGGCAGGAGCGUUCAUGGGAUUCAGGUCUCUAUUUUUCUGGACGUCAAAGAAAAAGAAGAAAAAGGAAGAGUAGACUGUCAUUAAAAAAAUAUUUACAUCACGAGCUAGCAGCGAGCGCGACGGUUCGGAGAGGAUUAGGUUUAAAUUUCGUAAAAAAAAAAAUCUGUAAAACUUCACACAUAUUUCUAUUUAUUAGUAACAUUUUUGAAUUGUUGACGGUUUAACCGUCAAAUUCAAACAUUCGAAUGUUUAACGGUUGAUUCGAAUUUUUGAAAAAGAUCAAGGCGUUAAAGAAUCCGCGUGAGCUGGAAUCAUUUGAUUGACUGACUCCAUGCUACGCUGCUGUCGUCAUUUUGUCUCUUUUGACUCGUGCCCAACGAUUUUAAAAGCAGAAAAACUUUUUAAAAAACUUCGAAAAGAAAAGAGAAAAUGGACCUGUUUUGUUUGAAACUAUCAGACUGACUUAAAAACAUUUUUGUAUUGUUUUAAUUAAGCGAAUUCUCAGUGUUUUACAUAUUUUUCUAAAUGUGAUAUGCUGAUUUUGUCAUAUUUACCACGUUUUAACAUUUACAGUGAACUCUGAAUUUUAAGACAUAGGCUGCAGUGUGUGUCUGUAGUUCAACAGCAUAUUUAGUAUAGGCUUUUCAACCCUACUUCAUAUAAUGAAAGAAAGAGUGGGCAAACUUAUAGUAACAUCCAAACAAAGUCUGCAUUGUGCUUUAAGCCUAUACCAUAAAUCCAUCCUUCUUUUGUAAACAUUAUGUUGACUUUGUGUCACACAACUCUGUGGUCUUUUUGGAGUUUUAUGUAGUUAGUCUUCUUAUAGUGGAGUGCUCUGUUCUGAAAGUGUUUCCUGUCAUUUUGUAGGGAUACUCCAUGUGUGUUUGGACGAAUCUACACAGUGUACAUUGCUGUACGUGUGUAUAUAUGCUGUUGUUGUGUUAGAGUGUGUCAGAUGGGGUGCUUUGCAUUAGGGGCUGAUGUAAUUAUUGUUGGAAAAUGUUCAGGCUGAUUUUAAAGAAGAAAAAAAAGUUGGUUUAAAGCCAGUGUGGAUGUUUGUAAAAUAGGUUUCAGCAAUUUCUGAGCAGAGUGAAGACGUACAGACACCCAAAAUCAUAGACAGACACCCACCAAGUCACCCACAGUCACCCAGGACAGACCCACAGACACCAACAGGAACAGGUUUCUCUCUAUACUUAUGUUUUAUAAGCACCACAAUGUCAGCUCAGACUUAGAGGAUCAUAUUUCUUAUUUCCUUGAGUCAGUGAAAGUGAGUCAAAGAAGAUCCAAAAUUUUGAAAUAAUUCUCAGUAGUCUCAGACCACCCAGGAUCAGAAAUUCGGCCUCCCUGCUGAAAAGCUUUGGUGAAUUCCUCGACUUAAGUCCUGUCGCUGUGCCAGAAAAGCAAAAGCCCAUUCAUGCUCUGAACACUGCUCUCCUCGCUCUCUAUCAUAUUUCUCCUCUUCCUGCGCUUUCACUCUCAAUCUUUCCUGACAUCUGUUUUGUGGCGCCCCCCCAAAACACCCUGUCUCCCAUCGUCUGACGUUGGACAUCAACGCCCGCUGAGGAAAAUGCCUACUUAUUAUUUUUUUGAGGCAGAAAACAAGCCUCAUAGACGGCAGGCCAAUCAUGCAUGCAUGGUUUUUAUAUGCUUAAUAUGUUCCAGGGGCAUGAGAGCGCAUAAUUGAUCAGUCAUACUUUCAUCAAAAUUGGGAAAAUGGGUUUUUAUGUGGUGGCUGUGAAGCCAGGGUUUCAAUUUCUGCUGUUUAUAAUACAACCUACAUAUGUGUAGCUUUUACUCUGGCUUUUUUUCCUUCAUAACUCAGCUGCAUGUGUGCAAUAUCAACAAAUAAUAGAGCCAAUAAUGAUUCAAAUUGGCAAAUUGUUUCUCUUCUCUUUGUUUUGAAGAGAAAUGGCAGAAGUUAAAUGCUGAAAAUGUGGUAAAUAAAGCAGGAUUAGCUCAAAAAAAGGAAAUAAUUCUGAAGAUAGAGAUAUUUCAUUCAGAAUGGCAGCUCUAAAUCUUUCUAAGCCGUGUUGCUAAUCGCUGCAUGCAUUGCUCACAUUGUUGCUUUUGCUUUCUGUUUUUUUCCCCUCACAAGUUAGCUGCUAAUGCACACGAGCACAGAGUAACUUGAUUUUCUGAGGGUUUUGAGAGAUGAGUCUUAAAACUGUGUUAAAUAAAGCAGGGGGCCCUUCAAUGAAAGUUUGCUGUCAAGUUUUAGGUGACUAAUGCAGAUCUUACACGUGGAUAUUGUUUUUUUAAGAAUGCUUCCCCUCACAGUGCUUGCAGCGUUGGUUUCCUUUUUUCUAAAAACAGUUUUUUUUCUAGUGUCAGCUGCUAGUGUGCAGAAUCACACUUGUAAAAAAAUUGUUGACAAUUUCGGAUAGAAAUGAUCAUUUUGAAAUACCAAAAACUGCAGUUUUCUAAGCAGAGAGGCCCUAAAGCUAAAUUAAUCUGAGUUUCAGAUAUGUAACAGAUUUAGUAUUCCUCACCAUAUCACCUUUUCUGUUGUUAAAGUGAAUUGUUUUACUGUAGUAAUUUGAUUUGUAAUGUAUUUUCUCAUAACCUGGUUUCCUGUGUUCAGAAUUGUACUGUACAUUUAAUCUCUUCUGUUGCAAUAUUUUUUGACAAUAUAAUUUUAACCUGCCAAUAUCCUCCAGUGACUUUUUUUACCCUUUCAACAAAGAUGCCUGUGAGCUGAAUGACAAAAUGUUGAUUUAUUGCAGUUAUGCUUUGAGUAAUAAUUUCUUUUUCAGCUGUUGUGUUUCAAAAGUAAGAUUGAUUAAGGUUAGCUGUUCUCUAAAGUUGAUAGCAGAACCCUCAAUAAUUUUGCCUUUUCUCCAUUAAACUUAUUUAAUUUUGUGAAGAUUCAAAAAAUUACAUUUAAAAAAAAUCAUGUCAGAUUUUUUCAGUUCUGAGAAAAACAACAAAAUGAAACUGAAUUUUUUUUAACUUUACACACCUGACACUGACUUCUAUCUUCUGUAAUUUUGGUGUAUUUUCCCUUUUUUCCCCCAGACGCCGAGUGGAUUGCCCACAGUGAACAGCUAUGUCACAGCACCCAGCAUCCCUCCCUACCACCCUCCCACCCAAGUGUCACCCUACAUGGGGUACAGCGCCACCACCUCGGCCUAUGUGACCGGACCCACAUGGCAGCCGGCCAGUGGCAGUGCUCUCUCUCCCCACAGCUGUGACAUCGCCGCCCCGCUGGCCUUCAAGAGCAUGACAGCCGGCCGCGACGCCCUCCACCCUGUCACCGCCUCGGUGCUGUGA